UUCCUCCCCAAAUACAAGUACUACGAGUACAAAUCAAAAUCGAGUCACAACACGACUUUCCGGAUUAGGGUUUCUUUCUGCUUUCUUCCCCAAACUCCGUUUCACUCUUCUGGUAAGAUCCUCAAAACCCCCCUUCUUCUGUACUUUUUUUUUUCCUUUUCCUUUUAGUGUCUGGUUCAGUAGUUUCUUGUAAUUUUGGGUAUUCAUUUGGGCUUUCUUAGAAACUUAUGUAGCUGGGGGAAAAAAUAUUGAAACCCUAACCUUAGGUUUUGUGAGAAAGAGGGGAAGAAGACAUGGAGGAGAACGAAGGUGGAGGCGGGUUCGGUGGAGAUCCGAACGACCACCACUUCCACAGGAACGAAGCGAUCUCGGCCGUUGCGGACGAGGGUUUUCUUGGGGAAGAGGACGAUGACUACGAGGAUCUUUAUAACGAUGUUAAUGUCGGGGAGAAUUUUCUUCAGUCAAUUAGAAAGACUGAGGAUUUUGGGGUUCGAAAGGAGGAGGGACUGUCUGAGAAAAGGGUUGUUCAGAUGGCUGGGAAUCCCUCUUCGCAGGCGCUGCCGUUGCCUCCUCCACCGCAAAGGGCGCUGGAUGGUGGUGGUGUUGUAGGAGGAGGAGGAGGAGGAGGAGGGGAGGAGAGGAACUUUGAGAGAGAUGAGGUAGGGUCUACUGCUGUUAGGGCGCCAUCUGGUAGAGUUGUUGAUGGAUAUCAGCAGCAGCCACAGCAGCCGCAGCAGCAGCAGCAGCAGCAAAAUAUGGUGUUUAGGGGACCAGGUGUUGGUGCUGGAGGUGGUCCCACUGGGACAUCUAGCGGUGGUGGUGGGCUGAGGGUUGAGUUAGGGCAGCCUUCGAGUAAUAAGCGGGCAGGUGAGUUAGAAGAGCAAACUGUUAGCAAUAGUGUUGUGAAUCAAGGGGGUAUGGUUCACCAGCAGCCUCCUCCACAUCAUCAUGCACCAUCUGGUGGUAGCUUAGCAGGUCCUGUAGGAAACAUGGGGAGUGUAGGAAAUAUGGGUGGAAUUGAGGGCACAGUGAGGCCAGGAGGUGCAAAUGUAAAUGGAGCUGGUGGAAACGGGUAUGGCAAUGUUGGUGGCACUGUCGGUGGUGGAGGUGGGGCUGGUGCUGGGGGUGGCCAAGGGACUAUUCUUUUUGUAGGUGAUUUGCACUGGUGGACGACAGAUGCUGAGCUCGAGAGUGAAUUGAGCAAGUAUGGGCCUGUGAAAGAGGUGAAAUUUUUUGAUGAGAAGGCUAGUGGGAAGUCAAAAGGGUAUUGCCAGGUUGAGUUUUAUGAUCCCGCAGCUGCCACUGCAUGUAAGGAGGGAAUGAAUGGGCAUCUCUUUAAUGGCAGACCAUGUGUUGUUGCAUUUGCCUCUCCCUAUACUGUCAAGAGGAUGGGUGAGGCUCAGGUGAACAGGAAUCAGCAAAUGGCUCAAUCUACUGUUACUCAAGGUAGGAGAGGGACUGGAGAUCAGCCGGGUAAGCCUGGUGGUAGCAACAUUGCAACAGGUGGUAAUUACCAGGGUGGUGGUGAAAAUAAUAGAGCGUAUGGGAGAGGAAAUUGGGGUAGAGGUAAUGCUCAAGGGAUGGGCAAUAGGGGAGCUAUGAAUCCAAUGAGAAGUAGGGGUGGUGGAAUGGGUGGACGGGGUAUGAUGGGGAAUGGUGGGAAUGGAUUUGGGCAGGGCAUUGGUCCAACUCCUCCCCUUAUGCAUCCUCAAACAAUGAUGGGCCAAGGCUUUGACCCUGGCUUCGGAGGGCCUAUGGGAAGAAUGGGUGGUUAUGGUGGAUUUCCUGGUGCCCCAACCCCUCCAUUUUCAGGGAUUCUGUCUUCAUUUCCACCAGUUGGAAGUGUGGGUUUGCCUGGUGUAGCUCCUCACGUGAAUCCAGCAUUUUUUGGGAGAGGGAUGCCUAUGAACACUAUGGGCAUGAUGCCCACAGCUGGAGUUGAUGGACCUAAUAUGGGAAUGUGGUCUGAUCCUAAUAUGGGUGGAUGGGCUGGUGAAGACCAUGGUGGGAGAGCAGGAGAGUCUAGUUAUGGGGAAGAUGCUGUAUCUGAUCAUCAGUACGGAGAAGUAAGUCAUGACAGAGGGGCUUGGCCCAAUGCCAUCAAAGAAAAAGAUAGAGGCUCAGAAAGAGACUGGUCUGGUUCUUCGGAGAGGAGAUAUCGUGACGAAAGAGAACCAGGGUAUGACCGAGAUAUACCAAGAGAAAAAGAUGCGGGACAUGAAAAUGAGUGGUCAGAAAGGAGGCCACGCGAUGAAAGAGAUGUUGGACGAGACAGGGAUCGGGAGCGAGAUAGGGAUCGGGAGCGUUCUCGAGACCGUGAGCGUGACCGAGAUAGGGAUCGUGAUAGAGAACGUGACCGGGAUCGUCAUAGGGAUGACAGGGACAGAUAUGCAGAUCAUCAUAGAUACAGGGAACGUGAUCUAGAAUACGAUGAUGAAUGGGACAGGGGACGGUCUUCUAGGACUCACAGCAAGUCACGAAUAUCACAUGAAGAAGAGCAAAGGUCAAGAUCAAGGGAUGCUGAAUAUGGGAAGAGGCGGCGAUUAACCUCUGAAUAACCAGGCUUGCAGGUGUAUUGCUGUCCGGAUUUGAUUACUCAAAGAUGAUGAUUGAAGUUACACGAACUGUGACAUUCAUUGAGAUUCUCACCGAACUUGCCUGUUUGGUUGCCUGGCUUUGGCUUCACCAAAUGACUUGUAGUAUUCUCUAUCUGUCAUCUUUCAGAUGCUGUGGAUUUUUCCAUAGCUCCUUUCUCAAGGGAGCACUGUUUUCUGCAGCAAUUGGAAGGACUUGAAGGAUAUUACUUCAGAAACGAAGCUGUUCAGCAGAUGCCUGGAGUCAUUGAAGAUGGGGUUGGACAUGAAGUUUCUGAUGUGAGAGAGCAUCCAAUUCCAUGCGUUACUUGUUUACUCAAUUCUGUUGCUAGUGAACAUUCCAACUAAGUUGUUAGCCACUUUUCUUCUAUUUCUGUUUAGCUAAUUGUCACUUGAACAAACCAGUGUUAUGGAUGAUGAUUGUGGCUUGAAUGCUGAAGUCUGAGAUGUGGUGGAUAAUUAGAAUUUACUAUUUGAAUUUGAUGUACUAGGAUUGAUACGCUGAGGAUGUGACUAAUCUGGCCCCUUUUUUGUAUUGAUCUUUUUGUUGUAUUAUCCUCACCCUUACCCCUAUUUUUUGUUGGGUAUGCUGUGUUGACCAUACAAUUUUUCUAUGUAGAUUUUUUUGUAGAAUCUGACCUGUUGUAGUAGUGAAAUUGUGUUUGGCACA